AUGCUUUCGUUUUGCCCAUAUUGUCACAAUAUGCUUCUGGUUUCCCAGCCAGAUGGUGGGGUUUACACUCUACAAUGUGGUGCGUGUCCCUACACUUUUCCCAUCGAAGGUGUCGAGGUAUAUGAUCGGAAAACGCUGCCGAGAAAAGAAGUGGAUGAUGUGCUCGGCGGUGGCUGGGAUAACGUGGAUCAAACCGGGGUUCAGUGUCCAAACUACGACAGCUGUGGUGGAGAAAGAGCAUAUUUUUUCCAGCUGCAGAUCAGAUCUGCAGACGAGCCGAUGACCACUUUCUACAAGUGCGUGAAGUGCGGGAAUCGGUGGAGAGAAAAUUGA